UUCGGUUCACAAAUUGUUGUGUUCUCUCGAAAACCGCUGCAACAUGGUGCAAUGAUAUAGAUUCGGCCCGGUAGCAUUGGAAUUGCGUGUUUCCAUGAGGAUGCGCAGAGGCUGAGUUGCUGUUAACAGCUGCGACCAUGGGAAAUGGGCAUAAGUAAUCACGUCAUCAUCCAGCUUUCUGACUACCGGAUGCCGCCGCUGGUGGUGCUCCAGUGAGCCACCCGGCCCGCCGCCAUGGCGGCCGCCACCCUCCAGCGGGUGAUGCAUCGCAAGACGGAGUCGGGCCGCACCUUCAACGUGGCCGUGGUCGGCCUGUCCGGCUCCGAGCGCGACAAGGGCAGCGUGGGCGUCGGCAAGUCGUGCCUCUGCAACCGGUUCGUGCGCACGUCGGCGGACGACUACUACACGGAGCACAUCUCGGUGCUGAGUCAGACGGACUUCAGCGGCCGGGUGGUCAACAAUGAACACUUCAUGUACUGGGGAGACGUGGCCAAGAUCUCCGAGGAAGGCAUCACCUUCCAGUUCCAGGUGGUGGAGCAGACGGAGUUCAUCGAUGAUGCCUCCUUCCAGCCGUUUAAAGCUGGGAAGAUGGAUCCGUACAUCAAGCGCUGUGCCAACACGCGACUGUGCUCCGCCGAAAAGCUAAUGUACAUAUGCAAAAACCAGCUCGGCAUCGAGAAGGAAUAUGAACAGAAAGUUCUACCGGAGGGCAGGUUCCUGGUGGACGGCUUCCUGUGCGUGUUCGACGUGAGCGAGGUGUCCGGCCGGCCUCUGUCGCGCCAGGUGGAGCUCACCGUCCAGAUCCUGAACAGCCUGGUGCGCACCAAGAAGCCCGUCGUGCUGGUCACCACCAAGAACGACGAGGCCAAGGAGUCGCACCUGCGCGAGGCCGAGCGGCUGGCCAGCCGCAAGGAGUUCAAGGGCAACAUCCCGCUGGUGGAGACGUCCGCUCACCACAGCGUCAACGUCGACCUGGCGUUCGUGACGCUGGCGCAGCUAAUCGACCGUAGCCGCGGCCGCAUCCGCAUCGUGCCGUACCCGGAGGCGGCGCGCCAGCGCCGGGACGAGGCCGACCUCGUCUCGGACGCCUUCCAGUCGCUGGUGCGCGUACACGUGACCGACUGCCGCGCCACCUGGGCGUCGACCGUGCAGCGGCUGCGCGGCGCGCCCGCCUUCCACGAGUUCGUCGGCCUGCAGGGCCAGGAGGCGGCGCACCGGCUCUUUCGGCGCCACGUCAAGCGGCUGCGCGACGAGCACGUGUCGCGCCGCGUGCAGCGCUACCUGGCGGCGCUGCCGGACGUGUUCCGCGAGCUGUUCCCCGACCAGCGCGCGCUGCUCAGCUGCGGCUGGGCCGAGGUGCAGCAGAGUCUGCGCCAGCACCCGGACUUCGAGCGGCACUUUGUGGCGGCGCCCGAGGACCUGGCCUGGCUGGACCUCGACGUGGACGAGCUCUCCGACCCCCGCAUUCCAUUCGAGGUGCUGGCCAGCAGCGAGGCCGAGACGGCCUUCAAGAACUAUCUCAACGCCAUCCAGCAGGAGACGCGCCAGCAGGAGCUGCGGCGCCAGUUCAAGCAGCUGCUGGAGGAGACCAGCUAUGUGACGCCCGGCAAGUCCCUGUCGGAGGUGCGCGUGCUGUUCCUGGGCCGGGAGUGUUUCGAGAGUCUGGCCGAAGACGAGCGACAGGAGAUCUACGACAUCCACCAGCGGCACAUACUGGAGAAGGCCAGAGCCAACUUCCAGGAGCUGCUGCUGGAGCGAGCCGACCUCUUCUACAGCAUCUCACCGGCCGGUGGCGGCGGCGCCCUCACCCAGGACCAGAUGAAGGACAUCACCGAGCUGCUGCAGGAGGAUGUCAGGUACAAGCUGCUGGACCGGUUCGAGCAGGAGCGGACGCUGCUGCUGCUCCAGCACCUGGGCUUCCUGCACCGGCCGCGCGCCGACCGCUGUCCGGCCGGACCCUACUGCAUGGACCUGCUGGUGGCGGCGCUGCUGGCGGCGCGGCCGGCGCCGCCGCCGGGCGCCUCCGCUGCCGGCACGCACUGGGUGUUCGGCGGCAGCGACUCGCCCGUGCACAGCCUCAACGUGGUGCUGGUGGGCACCGAGGGGUCGGCGGACCGGCUCACGCAGAUGUUCAGGCUGCAGCUGGACGAGGACGAAGUGGAGAUCGACGGCCAGUUGUUCAGCCUUGGCCUGCGCAUCAUCAGCGACGACACCAAGCUGACGCCGAGCGCCUUCUUCACGGCUGACUUCAGUCCGCACGGCUGCUUGUGCGUGUACUCGGGCGCCGCGUCGUUCGAGUACAUCCGCCAGAGCGUGGAGAAGACGCUGCUAACCAGCCUGGAGGAGGAGGAGGACGGCCAGCCGCGGCCGCCGUUCCAGGGCCUGCCGCUGGUGCUGGUGCUGGCGGCCGACUCGCAGCUGGACAAGGCCGAGCUGGCCCAGCUGCGCCAGGAGGGCCGCAGUCUGGCCGACAAUCUGCAGUGUCCGUUCGUGGACUGCACGGCGCCGUCGGAGGAGGCGGCCGCCGAGCCGGACGCCGAGGACGCCGCCAGCGUCAGCAUGAGCGACGACCGCCUGACGGCGGCGCUGGCCGCCCUGGUGCACAGCGUGCAGCAGCGCGCCGGCUCCGGCGGCGGGGCGCCACUGUACCCGGCCGGCCUCUCCGCGAGGGAGCCUGACAUCAGGAUAAUAAUGUGCCUCUUCUGCGGUGAUCCGUACUCGGUCGAGAAUGUGGUCGGCGCCAUUCUGUCAAAUCAAACUUGUCAAACGCACGAGAAGAGCUCCGUCAUACUGGACACCUUUCUUGGCGACUGCCGACGCCGGGUGGAGGUGAUCAUCAGCUCGUACCACGGCGCUGCCGCCUACCAGGACGAGAUGGUGCACGGCUUCGUCCUGGUGUACAGCACCAAGCGGCGGGCGUCGCUCAACAACCUCAACGUGUUCUCGGCGAGCGUGCCGCACCUGCCGAUCCAGAUCCUGGCGGUGACCGACUCGGGCGGCGCCAACGCGCUGUUCUCGUCCCAGCUGACGCACCAGCUCAUCACCGAGGGCAACCACAUCGCCGACCGGCUGCAGGCCCACUUCAUGACCUCCACGUCCACCUGUCAGCAGAAGUCGGCCUUCUACCUCAGCUUCUUCAAGGAGGUGUGGGAGAAGAAGCCGGAGAUCGAGCAGGCGUUCGAGCUGGAGCGGGUGCGCCGGCUGCAGGAGGCGGACGAGGGGCCGGCGUUCCCGCGUGCCCUCACGCUCCACCAGCAGCUGGGCGCCGCCAGCAACGACGGGAGCGGCUCGGAGUUGUACGAGCGACUGCCGACGGACGGCUCGCUGGGCGACGAGCUGAACCUCUCGCCGACGCUGGACGAGCGGCCGCUGUCGGCCAGCGACGACGACAGCGAGCUGCUGGCCGAGCCGCCGACCCGGCGCCGACAGGCGAACGGCGAGCACGGGCCGCCCGGGCCCACGCCGACGCCGGCGCCGCGGCCGGCGCGCGCGCGCGCCCCCUUACGCCGCGCCUGCACCGAGCAGCUGCCGGCGCCGCCACCGCGCCUCCAGUUCUUCAAGGCCGAGAGUCUGGAGCUGGGUCGCCGCCCGCCGCCCGCCGCCGCCCGUAUCUCCAGCUCCGACUCGGAAUGCUGGCUGGAGGAGACGAGUGCCGGGGCACGCCAGCUACCUGCGGACGACGUGUGGCUGGAGCGGAGGCAGCUAGCGCCGGCGCACGCCUACACUACCGGCCGACAGCGGCCGCCGCCACCGCCUAAACCCAAGGCUCAGGCCGGACAGCCCGGCAAACUGAACCUGAAACAGUACACGAGCGUAGUGGACACGCUGGAGAAGCUGAACCUGACGAACCGCGCUGAGCCGCGCCGCGGCCGCGCGGCCGCCGGCUUCUCGCAGCAGCCGGGCUCCGAGUACGCCCAGGUCAAGGACGCCCUGUUCUUGGGCGGCAAGUUCGACGGCGACUACAGCUACACGCUGGCGCAGGACGCGGGCGGCCACAGCGCCAAGGCGCGCCUCCGGCAGCGGACCGAGAAGUGCCGCCAGUUCCUGGGCGGCAGCGACUCCGAGGAGUCGGCCGCCGAGGAGGAGGGCACCUUCAGCCGCCAGAAGUACGCCAGCAGCUCGGUGCGGCUGCGGCGCACGGCCGCCAAGCGCGCCGGCGUGCCGGCCGCCAUCCCGCAGGUGCCGACGCUGCCGGCGCGCGCCGCCGGCUCCCCACUGCCCGCCAAGUCGAAGUCUGAGUCGCCGCGGGAGGGCGUAAACAACGAGGAGUCUAGUCUGGACGUGUCGGUGUCGGGAGACUUCAGCUCUCCUGUGCUGUCCGCCAACGCCGCUAAAGAAGAGAAACUGAGGCGAAAGGAUAGGCAGCGGCAAUUAAAGGAAGAGGAAAAGAGGCGUGUAAAGGAAGAGGAAAAGGUGAAGAAGCUGGAAAAGGAGAGGCUCAAAAAGGAGAAGCAUAAAAAGGGGAAGACGUCGACCUCGUCGUCGCAAUCUCAGCUGGAGGAGCUGGUGCCGGGCGGCGGCGCCGGCGGGCAGCUGCCCGUGUUCCUGACGCGCUGCGUCGAAUACAUCGAGGCGGAAGGCCUGGACGCCGAAGGCCUGUACCGCGUGCCUGGCAACCGAGCGCACGUGGACCUGCUGUUCGAGCGUCUCUCCGAGGACAGCGGGGCCAGCAUCGCUGACCUGGACCUGGCCGUCAACGCCGUGGCCACGGCGCUCAAGGAGUUCCUCUCCAAGAAGCUGCCGCCGCUGCUGACGCAGGACAAGAUGGCCGAGCUCACCAGCAUCGCCGGUAUAUCAGAUCGGCGAACUCGACUAUUCAAACUGCGGGUUCUUCUGAAGGAUCUUCCUCCCAUUAACUUCAACAUCCUCAAGUAUCUGUUUCGUCACUUCCUGAAGGUGUCGGAGAAGUUCAAGCUGAACAGCAUGGACAGCAAGAACCUGGCCAUCUGCUGGUGGCCGACGCUGCUGCCGCUGCAGUUCACCGACAUGGGCGUGUUCGAGUCGAUGCGGCCGCACCUGGAGGACAUCGUGCAGACCAUGAUCGACCAGCACCAGUACCUGUUCGACGGCCAGGAGGAGCUUAUGAUGGUGUGACCCGAAGGCGGCGUGAGUCGCGCCGCCGCCGCCGCCGUCGCUGCCGCGCCGCGCCCUCGCCGCGCCGGCCCCGCCGCCGCCGCCGCCGCCCUCCGCGCUCGCCACCGGCCGCCCUGAGCGGCCGCGCCGCGCCGUCCAGUGCAAAGGUCCGCACUGAUGACCGCCAGAGAGAAAGAGAGAUAUAGAGAACGAGUGAGAGAGAGCUUACGGGGCGCUUCACUGUGAUUUCGGCGGGCGCGCAGUCUUCCCGGCCGGGGGUCGGGGACUGGCCAUCCGGCUCGGCCCGGCCCGGUCCCGGCGCGUCGCGUCACGCCACGUCACGUCACGUCGCGUCACGUGACCGGCGCGGUCGACCUCCAGCACAAAUGUCCCUCAGCUCCGGGCAAAGAGAGGCUUGCGAGUGGGCUUAAAACGCGGCCGGCUGUCCGCCGCGCCGCUGAGCCUGUUAAUUUCUUACCCUUGUUUUUAUAGUGAACUGCUGACUGUCAACGGCGGCUUGUGUGGGAACUCGAUGGCCAGGACUGGUGGGACGUUCUGGCUCGCAGCGGGCGAGCCAGAGAACCGCGCCGUCCGUACCGAGUGCGUUUUGUAACCGUGUGCCGGCGUGUGAAGGGUCGGUGGGCUCAGUCACCCACGUGUAAACUGCCGUCGUCCUCUCUCCACACGCCCCCGGGUCCCAGGCUGUCUGGCACCGGCGCGGCGCUCACUGUUGCCGAUCUGAGCGCACGGCUUCGGACAUUUGCACACGGCCGUCGACUGGCGGUGCGUUGCGACGGACGGGGUCGCUUAUACUCGUUGUCCACCUUUGCGAUUUUUUUGGUUUACUGUGAGGCUGUGAUGUGUAUGUUUAGGUUGAUGGUGGACGACAAUAAUCGGUGUUUAGCGUACGCUGCCCGCCGGCGUAUCGUCGGGAGCACUAACCGCCCUCUCCCUGCCCGCCGUCGGUGCGCACGCGCGCGCGUGUGUGAGCGCAGGGUGGCCGGAGCCGACUCCGGCCCGCCAGCG